UAUCUAUCUAAUAAUACUCGAUAUUCAGUUCGCAAAUUUCUUAAUAGUCCAGAACAUCACUCUAUCGAAUUGUAUCUGAUGAUCUACUGAAUUCCGGUCACAUCAAAAUGCCCACCUCAUUGACCUCGAAAUUUCUGCAAGGAGUGGGGGUAACGACCUUGAGCAGCAUUGCCGGAUUCUUCGUCUGGACCAAGCACAUUCAAGUAAAUGAUCUGAAUCCAGUUACCGAUCCGGUUUUUGCGACCAAAUGGUACAAAAAACUCAAUGCCAAUGGCAAUCCAACACUCCAUGAUGAAGUUGUGCGACGAUUACCGUUGUGGACAUUGCGUCCGGAGUUGGUAGAGGAUGCGAAGAACGGUGGAUCCAAAUUGGUCGAGGGAUUCAGUCAAGGGGUUUGGGGCACUUUCGGCUACAGUAUCCAACGGAGAUACCUCGCGGCCAAGUAUCGCAACACAACCACCACGGCGCAUCAGCUGUGGGACAAGCCCGACCUGUUGUCAUCUCCCUACAACAUCGGCACCGAAAUCACGGACCACUUCGUCGUGCUCGACAAGACUCCGACGAGCAUAUUGAUCCGCUGUGGUGACUCGCCGCUGAAGUCACCUGAUGGACAACGCCCGUCGGAUGGUCUCUUUGAGAUCUCAGCCGAGACAGACUUUGACAAAGGGUUUGCCGAGUUUCGACUGAAGAGUGUAUUUUUCCAGGGAGAAGGUGUGGUUGAAGACAAGACUAAGGAGCCCAUGGAUGCACGUACAAAGUGGGCACACCAGCAAUAUGCAAAGUUGUGGAUGGAGAGUGCUGUCAGGCAUGUGCGGUCUUGACCUGGAUUACAACAGCACCAAAAACCUAGUUGAAUUUCCCCUGUGUCUGGACACGAGACGACUAGUCUGGUGCUGGCACAACUUGCAGAACAAAGCGGGAUAGACAGCAUUCUUCAUUGAUAUGACACUGUGGCUAUGAAGGUUUCUUGUUCACUGCAAAGGCGCUGUCCUGCGUAUGCACCAGC